AUGGCUACUGUCGACGUUAAAACUAGUCAUACCGAAGCAAUAAACGGUACAGCCGCUGGUACUGCUGGUGGUCCUGCGGCAGCGGCUGCAGCUGUAAAAACAAGUGCAAUUAAAAAUGAAAACGAAAUAAGCAUUAAAACUUUCAUAUGGGCAAUUGUAAAGAAAGCAACAGUGAUCAAUGCCAUUUACCUCGUUGGAUACAUGAACUGGUCGAUUGCAUGGCUCAUUACACCCAUGAUUUUGAUUGAAACACAUAACUAUUGGCGCGAAACAAACGGUGCCAAUCGUAAAUUUGUACGGAAAAUUGCCAGACAAUCAGCGGCCACGAACGAGAAAGAUGUGAUUUUAGCCAAUAUCAAAGAUCUACCAUCAUGGGUCUACUUUCCCGAUUUUCAACGCUGCGAAUGGGCAAACAGCAUAUUACAACAAAUCUGGCCGAAUGUGAAUGAUUUUCUAAAAAACUUUGUGAAAAAUUGGUUGGAGAAAAAAAUUCGUAAAUCUCUUUCGAAAAAGAAACUAAAUGAUUUCGAAUUUGACCGCAACCGGAUUUUAUUCGGUACAACGCCGCCACGAAUUGGCGGUUUAAAAGUGUACGAUAAAAAUAUCUCCCGUGACGAAAUCAUUGUGGAUAUGGAAUUGAUUUUUAUGAGCGAUUGUAACGUUAAUUUCAAGUUGGCCGGAAUGUCAGCGUCUUUGCAAGACUUUGAAAUUCAUGGAAUGCUUCGAGUUAUUAUGAAACCGCUGAUUUCAAAGGCACCAUUCAUUGGAGGAUUGCAGAUUUUCUUCUUGGAUAAGCCUCACAUCGAUUUUAAUUUAUGCGGAGCGAGUGAAGUUUUAAAAGUACCUUAUUUAGGUGAUAUACUUCGGCGGGUCAUUGCGAAGAAAAUCGCUAAAAUCAUGGUUUGGCCAAACAAAUAUCCAAUCAAAUUGACCAAAAAAACAACGACAGCCGCAAUACGAAUGCCCCAACCGGAGGGCGUUUUGAGAAUUAACAUUGUGGAAGCAAGAGAUUUGAUCAAACAAGAUAUUGGCGGCAAAUCAGAUCCAUAUGCAAUUUGCAAUAUUGGAACGCAACAAUUUCGUACACGAACGAUUUACAAUAAUUUGAAUCCAGUAUGGAACUACUGGUGUGAGGCUUGUAUUGAUGUCAAAUGUCCAAGGUCAAUUGUUUUUGAAUUGCUCGAUUGGGACCGAGCUGGUGGCUCUGAUCCACUCGGAAGUGCGACGAUUGAUAUAAGUCAUGUCGUGAAAAAUGGAUCGUUGGAUACGUGGAUUUAUCUCGAAGGAGUGAAGCAUGGAGAAUUGCACGUCCGGUUUACUUGGUAUGAGCUAUCUCCUGCGUAUGGAGAUUUGCGUGCGGCUCUUGCUGAAACCAAAUUAUUACAGAUCACAAAGUUAAGUAGCGCCGUUUUAUCGGUUUACAUUGACUCCGCGAGCGAUCUUCCGCAAAUCGAUGAUGAUUGUAAACCAGAUCCGUUCGUUAUGUUAACGGUUGGGAAUGUCGAAUGGAAAACUUCGUCGAAAAAGGAAACCGAUUCACCAGUGUUUGAGCAAGGUUUUACAUUCCUUGUGGCGAAUCCAGAGCAAGAUAUACUUCAAAUUCGAGUGGCGGGCAAAAAUCCGGACGAAAAACAUGGCGAUCGUCUUGGCCGUUUGUCAUUCAAUAUAUGUGAACUUCUCACUCAAAAUGAUUUACAAAUUGUUUCACAACCAUUCGAACUGAAGAAGUCGGGCCCAACGUCGAAAAUCAUCAUGUCAUUGGCGCUGAAAAUUUUAAAACGUUCUGAAAACGGAUCCAGUGAAUUGACUCCUUUGGAAGAUACACCCAUUGAAGAAGCUGAAGAGCCACAAGAGGAUAAUGCUGUGUCAGAUGGAGAAAAUGCGCCGGAGAGUGAUGUGCACGCGGAGAAAGUGUCUAAUUUGGGCAGCAUCCUUGUGGAGAGUGGCCCACGAAAUGGAGAGUCUUCCUUGUGUUGCUAUGGAUUGGGCAGUAUAAAACUGACUCUACAUUACAGCAUUGAACUUCAAUACUUGUCGGUUACUGUUCAUAAAAUUAUAAACAUUCCAGUAAAAGAUCAAUCUGUCGCGUUGAAUACGUAUGUGAAGCUCUAUCUGCUGCCAGGAAGAUCAUCCGACUCGAAACGAAAAACCAAAGUUGUCAAAGACUCAAGUGAUCCAAUUUAUGAAGAAAACUUCAGAUAUCUACUCUCGCCAGCAGAAUUGAGAGAUCGAAAAUUGGAGGUAGUUGUGUCUACACGAAAUGCAUUCUAUGCACUUCUACACGGAUCGGGUUCGAUCGUUGGAAAGGUUCAACUUAGCCUAGACGAUGCAGAAAUUGCAAACGGAGUUACCAAUUUUUACGACCUUCUACCAGAAAAUGAGUUAGAUUAGAAAAAUGAAUAUUUGCUGGGGAUAAUUUAUUGAGUGACAGCAUCAAAUUUAACUUCCAAUGACGAGUUUUAAGCAAUUUUUAUAUGAAUUUUAAGCGAAAUCAAACGAAAAUACUUUUGAAUAGAAUAUAUAUGCUUAAUUAAUGCUCAA